GCUCCUACAGCAGCAGCAGCGGGAGGAAGUGGUGGUUUCCCGUGUAGAAAUUGGGGCGUGUCCUGAGAGAAGCAAGAGAUGAAACAAACCAAGGAAGAAGGAACAAACAGCCCCGGGCAAGUCGGAAGAGAAGGCCAGAACGGCUGCAAAGCGACGGGAAAGAGAGAUGGGGACGUGGCACAGCCAGCGGACGCGGGAGUGACUUCGACCGGGAACGUGAAGGGUGGGGAGAAAGAAUUCGAGGGGGAACCUCGCGUCUCUGCACGUUUCGCCUGCACCUUCCUCCGGCGAAGAAAAUGGAGCACGAAAUGGAAGUGGUGGAAGAAGGAGAGAGGCUGUUGGACGGAAAGCGGGAGGAAGAAGCUGCAAAGGAACAGACUUUCUCUCGAGAAAACACCGGUGUCCUGCAGAACCCAGGGGCCGUCCCAUGUACCAGGCAGAGAUCUCGGCGGCGGCACGAUCCUGCACGGCCCUGGAAGUCAUUGCCCCCCACUCCCACAGGAGGGCUGGAGGCAAAUCAACCAGUCUUCUUCUCCUCCAUGACCUCUCUCCAGGCGGAGGAGUUUUUUGAUAUGGUGGCUACAGCCCAAGCCCGGAGGCUGAAUGACCAGCGUGCCGAUUUUGCAGGAGCUGAAGGCACAAGUGGAGAGAGCGUUGCCGUCUCGGAGGACCAACUCUAUGACACUAUCUUGUCUCAUCAGAGCCAGCGUCUAGAGGACCAGCGCACGGAGCCGCCCAUCCCAGUGGGUGUUCAGGGGCUGCUGGAUUUGCUGCUCAGAGCUCAGGGGACCCGGAUGGAAGACCAGCGGUCGGUUCUUCCCCCUGGCCUUGCUGCGACGAGACGUUUGCCUUCUCCAGCCAGAGUGUGAAUCCAUCUGAGCCCUCCUUCACAUAACUGUGAUCCUCAUGGCUGAAGACGCACUGAGAUGUGUGAAACUGUGUCACCUCCAUAAAGGAGAGCGGGGUCUCUGGAAUUAAGCGGAAUCACUAAAAAAAAAAAGGAAGAAGAUGCCACGCUGCAGUGUAUGUGCAAAACUAAGGCAGGCUCUCUCCGAACGCAGCAUCACAGAUUGCUCAUUGCUUCUUCGCUAGGAUUUCCAAUUAAAUGGAACUACCUCUUCUCCACCUAUUAGCCUCUUCUAGCUGCCUGCAUUAGCACCAGCCAAAAUCUACAGAGCAGUGUGCUAGCUUUCAAGCUUCACAGAACUCUUCCUGAAGCUGAAAAAAUGCCCCAGGAAAACUCUGUUAUUUUAGAUUUAUUUAGAUUGUUUGUACCACAGAGAUUGCACCAAAGACAGUUCUACUGGGAGAGAGUCUAGUUCUGUGAAAUUAAUACUUAUACUAAUGUUGGGGAGGAAGGAUUCACUGAAGCUAAAUUGGCUUGUAAAAUUCAAUUUUACGUAUUUCUCAUUGGAGGUUCUUUUUAAGCAAGAAAGCCACCCCAGUCUAGGUACGAUAUUGUUUGGAAGUUUUUUCCCUGUUACCAAAUUGUGUUGUACUAAGUGGUUUGUGUUCUUCUGCAAUUAACUAGAAACAAAUUUAUUAUUGCAGUUCUACAAAUAAAGUUCU